UUAAUACUACUUCUCAAACCCUACAAUAGCGCCUCCCUCUCUCUCCCUAUAAUCGGCGUAAAUCAUCAAUCUGCCACAAGCACCGCCUCGCCGGAGCUCCGUCCGCCCUGCCUCGUCGUCCGUCCCUCCUGUCUCGCCGCCCGCCCCGCCUGCCUCCUUCCGCUCUCUCUGCCAAUCGACGCCGCCACGCCCACCGCCGGGUUUCCUUCCAUCCUGCUUAACUGUCUGUUUGGCCGGCUGCCUCCGGCUCUUCCGCUGCUGCUGCUGCCUACCUACGUCCCUUCCGCCGCACUUCCUCCGACCCUUCUGCCAGCCUCAAUAAUGUUCAGAAUAAAAUGCCUACGGAUUUAUGCACUCAACGCCCACUCUUUGGUGGCGCCGUCUCCUCCACCUUUCCGCUUCGCUUCCAGGACGUAAGCAACAUGCGCCAAGUUCCUGAUCAUCAGGAGGGUUUUGUGGAUCCAUCGCGCGACGAGAGCUUGAUAUUUGAGCUCCUCGACUUGAAGACAGAUGUGGCGGAUCACGGAAGUGCCACGUGGUUUCUUCAAGACCUGGCUAAUGAGCAAGAUGCUGAAGGAGCAACGGUGCUUGAACAAUCAUGUGUAUUUGAGGCUGAUGCACUACGAUUUAGAGACAGUCCUGCUGUUAUCACAACUGCAGUUGGUCAGAUGGCCAUAUCUAAAGGUAGACAGGGAAGAGAUGCACAAAACCUAGUUAAGGUUUAUCUAGCUAAUUUGCGCCUCAAGGAUGUCGGUACUGAUGUUCUGAUUACUGCAUAUGAGCCCGUGAUGAUAAACCCUUUGAGUGAGAGUGCUGCAACAGUCGGUGCCGGCUUAGCCGUGCCUGCUGCACAGUCCAGAUGCAUGCCGAUGGAGGAGGUCUUCAGAGGUGCUAUCUCUAGUUUCAAGGUGAAUGACUGGAGCCUUUUUGGUGCCGUGGCUUGAGCUAGGCAUCUUGCUUACGUUACGGUUUCCGCUGUUUGUCUUUUAUCUAGAAUCGUUGGCAUUUCGACUAUACAUGUGUGUCUUUACGAAGAAAAAGUAUCCAAGAUAAUAGUGUUAUACUAUAUAUUAAUCUUGAGUAAAGGUCAAAAUUGGUCCUGAA